CCACUCGCUCCUCCCCUGCCACAACGCUGUUAACUCCCAACGCAAGAACGCAUCGCCGCCGCCAUACCCUGCCUUCCCUCUCUCCGCCGGUGCCGGAUCCUCCACCCACCGCUCCUCUGUCGGUCUAGCGGCGGUGGAGAUCCAUCCGCGCGAGGACUCAUUCCUUCUUACGCUGGUCAUCUCUCUGUCUGCGUGUUGCUUCAUGAUUGGUCUCAUGGAAGACCAUGGGUCAUGGGAUUCUCUUUCAGUUGAUCACAUUGGAACUCCUGCAUUUAACUCUGGAGUCGUUUCUGAGGCUAGCAAUGGAAGCAAAGAAUUAUCAGUUUCAUUGGACAUGGUCGUUCCUGAUGAUAUCCUAGAGAGAAUCUUCACGUUCUUGCCUAUAGCAAGCAUGAUAAGGGCAGCAGCAGUAUGCAAAAGAUGGUACAGCAUUAUCUAUUCAAGCAGAUUUCUUUGGACCCACAUGUUGCCUCAAAGGCCGUGGUACUUCAUGUUCACCUCUAAUGAAACUGCUGCUGGGUAUGCUUUUGACCCCAUCCUCCGGAAGUGGUAUGAUUUAGAGCUUCCUUGUAUUGAUAAGAGCAGUUGUUUUGUCUCUUCUUCUUGUGGCCUAGUUUGCUUCAUGGAUAAUGACAACAGGAACACCAUUUCUGUAUCUAACCCUAUCACAAAAGAUUCCAAGAGGAUUUUGGAGCCUCCGGGUGUAACAUUGCCAGAUUACAGUACAAUUGCCAUAAAGGUUGAUCGUUUGUCUCAUAAUUACACCAUUACAUUGGCAAAAUCCAAGCAGAUUCCUGAAGAUUUUGUCAGAUGGGAUUUUUCAGUAUACAAGUAUGACUCAUGGAGUGGUACAUGGGUAACUGCUGUGAGCGAAGUGUUCAUCGGUUGGAGAGGGGGUGAUGAUAGUGUAAUAUGCGAUGGAAUCCUGUACUGUUUAAUUCACUCCACCGGGGUUCUUGGCAAUGUCAACCCCCGUCAUGGCCUUAUCAUGUAUGACCUUGUUGCUGGACCUUCUGAGACUUCGUUAAUGCAAACGUCAAUCCCGGUACCUUGUUCUCUCACAUGUGGACGUCUGGUAAACUUAAAGGAGAAGCUGGUUUUGGUUGGCGGAAUUGCAAAGCACAACAGACCAGACAUCAUUAAAGGAAUAGGAAUAUGGGAACUCCAUGAGAAACACUGGCAUGAGGUAGCUCGGAUGCCACACAAAUUCUUCCAAGGAUUUGGCGAAUUUGAUGAUGUUUUCGCCAGCAGCGGCACGGAUGACCUUGUCUACAUACAAAGCUAUGGUGCAACUGCUUUGCUUGUUUUUGACAUGAUGCAGAAGCAAUGGAGGUGGUCAGUAAAAUGCCCUGUGACCAAAAGAUUUCCUCUCCAGCUUUUCACUGGCUUUUGCUUUGAGCCUCGGCUUGAUAUCACUGCUUAAUAUGUACCAGUUUAUCUUUUUACCUUUCAGUGGAAUCAGAUCAGCUAUCAUGUUAUUAUUCAUGAAAAUCCAUGCAAGUUUUGUCGCAUUCUUUCAACCAUUUUGUUGUUUUCCUUUUCUGAGUUCUGCCCCUGCCUCAUUCGUUCUGCUGGAUGCAAUAAAUCUGUAGAAUAUUAUAUGUGCUGACUUACAUAUCAUAUUA